AUGGCGAUUCCGGAUUUGGCAGCUGUUCCUCCUGUGCACCACGAUUUACGGAAGUUGCCAGACCCAGAGGAGCCCUUCGUUGUCGAAGUGGAUGCCUCCGAGGUCGGGGCAGGGGCAGUUUUAUCGGCGUGCUUCAGUUCCACGACCCCACGACUAAGGGUGCGUCGAUCGAUACCCUCGCUAGCCUACCGCAGUGCUGGGGCUAGCACUCUGCGGAGGUUCUCUCCUCCACACUCUUUCCUGAGCGCUUUAGGCGCUCACGCGCCUUUAUUUUCCAGCGCUGCAGAUCCAGUAAGAGAUCCAGAGAUCAGAUCUGCUGAGAUGGACCAGGAGGAACGGAGGAUCGUGCUGCUGGGGAGGACUGGUGUUGGGAAGAGUGCAACAGGAAACACCAUCCUGGGAAGAAAUGUAUUCAGAUCAGAACGAUCUUUAUAUACUGUAACAAAAAUCACUGAACGUGCAGAAGCAGAGAUAGAAGGAAACCGUGUACAUGUGGUUGAUACACCAGGAUUAUUUGACACAAAACUGCCACGAGAUCAGUUAGCGAAGCAGUUUGCCAAGAGUGUUUAUCUCUCACAACCAGGAGUUCAUGCUCUCAUUCUGGUUUUCAAAUAUGAUUCAUUUACAGAAUAUGAAGAGGAAAUGAUUAAGAGGUUACAGGAGGUUUAUGGUGAGCAGGUUACAGAUAACAUGAUCAUUUUGUUUACUCAUGCUGAGGGUGUCAGAGAGGAAGAAAUAGUUAGAAGUACAAAUGAACAUCUCAGAAGGGUGUUAGAUCAGUGUGGAGGAAGAUUUCACAUCUUUAAUAAUAAAGAACCACAGAACAGACAGCAGGUGGCUGAACUUCUGCAGAAGAUAGACAGCAUGGUGCAGUGGAAUGAAGGAGGAUUCUACACUAAUGAGGUGUAUAAGGGAGCGCAGGGCUUAAACUGGGAGGAAUUCAGGGAGAAAAACAAGAAAUUAAUUUUAUUUAGAACUACUCUUUUAGCUGCAGCUGUGCUGAUGCUAGUAACAACAGUUAUUAUGGGGGUGGUGAUGUUAGUGAUGAAGGGAGUAUUUAAGCGGUAA